AUGAUCACAACAUCUGAUUUGGAAGAAAAUGCUGAAAAUGCUAAAUAUAAAUAUAUUACAAAACAAAUAACUGUUAAAACUAUAUCAUUCAAUAACCUAUGGGUAAAUCUGACAACUUGUAGUUAUCUUUGCGAUGUUAUUGUAGAUAAAAAAAAUAGAACGUGUUAUGGACUUAAAAUAUGUGAAUUUGCAAGUCCAGAACUAAGCACAACAGAACAAAAUGCAAUAAUGAGAGAAUAUACGACGCUAAAUGACAAAUUUGAACAAAGAUUGAAAGAUGAAAACAGAUAUCAGGACAAGAGAGAAGUUGGAGACAAGAGGCUGAUCUUUGAUUCACCAAAGAAAAGCAAAUCAAGUGAAUCGGAAUCGGAAGAAGAGGCAGAAGAAAUCAAGCCUUACGUUAUCAAAUCAGAAAAGGAAGAGAGCUCGACGAAGGCCAAAAAGAAAAUGACGCAAAAGAAGAAAAAGAAAAGGAAUUAUAGAAAAUAAGUAACAUAUAAUAUAUCCAAUCGAAAUCACAUGAACUUACUUUCACGUAUAAAAUUUUUCCCGAUACCAAAAUUUU